GAACGAAGCCCAAGAAGAAAAAAUAAUCUCUCUCUUUUCAACAACGGACUACUAGGGCAAAACCUGACCGCCAAAAUACAUCGUUUCCGAAGUCUAGCUUCGACCUUUCCUCCACUCCACUAUUCUAUCAAGAGAUUCAAUUCUCCAAUUCACACCACUUACACCUCUCUCCAUAUCUUCAACCAAACCCGCAAAAUGAGCGAAAUCGUCCACCCUACCAUCAAGGAUGGCUGGUUCCGUGAGAUCUCCAAUAUGUGGCCUGGCCAGGCCAUGACCCUCAAGGUCAAGGAGGUUCUCCACCACGAGAAGAGCCAGUACCAGGAUGUCCUCAUCUUCGAGUCCACCGACUACGGCACCGUCAUGGUUCUCGACAACGUCAUCCAGAGCACCGAGAGGGACGAGUUCUCGUACCAGGAGAUGAUCACCCAUCUUGCCAUGAACUCCCACCCCAACCCCGAGAACGUCUUGGUUAUUGGCGGUGGUGACGGUGGUGUCCUCCGUGAGGUCGUCAAGCACGAGUGUGUCAAGAAGGCUGUCCUUUGCGACAUCGACGAGGCUGUCAUCCGUCUCUCCAAGAAGUACCUCCCCGGCAUGGCCGUGGGCUUCGAGCACCCCAAGGUCGAGACCCUUGUUGGUGACGGCUUCAAGUACUUGGAGGACAAGAAGAACCAGUUCGACGUCAUCAUCACCGACUCCAGCGACCCGGAGGGUCCCGCCGAGGCUCUCUUCCAGAAGCCCUACUUCGAGCUUCUCAAUGGCGCACUCCGUGAAGGUGGUGUCAUUACCACUCAAGCCGAGAACCAGUGGCUCCACAUGCCGCUCAUCGUCAACCUCAAGAAGUCCUGCAAGGAGGUCUUCCCCACCGUCGAGUACGCCUACACCACCAUCCCCACCUAUCCGUCCGGCCAGAUCGGCUUCAUGGUCUGCAGCAAGGACGCCAACCGCGACCUCAAGAAGCCCCUCCGAUCCUGGACCGAGGAAGAGGAGGAGAAGCUCUGCAAGUACUACAGCAAGGACAUCCACGAGGCGUCCUUCGUCCUCCCCAACUUCGCCCGCAAGGCUCUGCGAUGAGGGAGUUCCCCCAGGGCGCUUUAUCUGCACCACGCCUUCAUCUACGAUUUAACAAAAGAUACCAUGACAUUCCGUAGGCAAAAAGUUUAGAGCCAGAUGAAGAAAAG